CUGAACCAUCACGCGACUGAAACGAGUCACUUACGGGCAUUUCUUCUUCGUCUUGAAGCGAGUGUUUAGACGGGGACGGACGAGCAACUCGAGGAGGCUCGGUGGAGGAGCGUCUGAAAUUCAAUAAAGCAGACUGCUUUGACCGGAGCGCGUUUCCUUUUCAAACUACACCGACCAUGAUGCAAAGCCGGCGAUGACGUCACACACACGUGAGCUUGCGCCGGUCUGCCGCUCCUGCUGUGGGGAAGAGAGAGAGAGAAAGAGAGACAGACAGCUGAGGAGCGGAAGACGGGGUCCCGGCGCGACUCGGCCUUCAUCGUCGUCGUGACACAGUCGUGGGUGUUUCCAAUGGCUAAAACGUACGAUUACCUGUUCAAGCUGUUGCUGAUCGGAGACAGCGGCGUGGGCAAGACAUGUCUGCUGUUCAGGUUCAGCGAGGACUCCUUCAACACCACCUUCAUAUCCACCAUCGGAAUCGACUUCAAAAUCCGGACGAUAGAGCUGGAUGGGAAACGGGUCAAGCUCCAGAUCUGGGACACGGCGGGUCAGGAGAGGUUCCGCACCAUCACCACGGCCUACUACAGAGGAGCCAUGGGGAUCAUGCUGGUGUACGACAUCUGCAACGAGAAGUCGUUUGAGAACAUCAAGAACUGGAUCAGGAACAUCGAAGAGCACGCCUCGUCCGACGUGGAGAAGAUGAUCCUGGGCAACAAAUGCGACAUGACUGACAGGAGGCAGGUGUCCAAAGACAGGGGGGAGAAACUGGCGAUCGAUUACGGAGUCAAGUUCCUAGAAACCAGUGCGAAGUCCAGUUUAAACGUUGAAGAGGCUUUUUACACCAUGGGACGAGACAUAUUGCAUAAUCUGAACUCAAAGACCGCCGACAACGCCGCCGGCGCGUCCGGGAAACCUGUGAAGCUGUCGGAUAAGAAGUCGAAGAAAAUCAAGAUCUUCAAGUGCUCGCUCAUCUAGGCGACACGUUCGCUCCACGGGGUUCCCGGUUCGAUUCCCGCGGCCGCCUGGCUCAAGCUCGAGGAGCCGGCAGAAGCUAGCUAGCGGUUUGAAGCGUCCUUAUCUGCUGCUAGCAGCGGAGCCGUGAAGAAUGAGGCCUCAGUUUCUGCUGAGUCAGAAGACUUUCAUCAGAGGAGGCCUUGGUGACGCCUCUGUUUUAUCCUCAAACCCUUGUAGUCCAGGACGAUGUAGCAUCAUUUUAUACGACUAGUGUUCUCUUUCUACUGCAGUCCAGCCGUGACGUUGAUUGUACUUACAUGUAUCUCGGUGUUAUUAUCACUCGUGUGCCAAGAUGGAGGAGGGAAAAAAAAGGCGAAAUCUUUCUGUAUGUUUUAUUUCAUCUUUUCAGUGUUGUCGGACCCGGAGGGGGGGAGCGAUGUUAGUGGGUGUUUGCAUGUAUGCAGUAGGUGUGUGAUGAAGCACAGUGUUUACAGAGAAGUGUUUUUCUUUUUUUUUUGUCUUCGCACAUUGAAAUGUUUGAUUUGCACUAUCGGCAGCUUUUUUUUUGUCACGUGAAAAGCUUUUUUGAGAAGCUGUGAUGUGAAUGAUUGUCCAUGUGAGCUACUGUAUGUUGCACUGAGGAGCAGUAAAGGAUCACAGAAGAGCCGUGUGGGGGAUUUUUCUUCCACUGCAGAGUCAGUUUUAUCAGGUCGCGGGGGCAGCACAGUUUACAAGCUUCUUCUGAAACCUCCUCCAGCUGUUGUAGGAAAAUAAUGACCGGGGUUCUCCUGAGCAG